AUGGCUUACGAGUUCACAAAAUUGUUGGCGGGUUUCCCCUACCUAAUGUUUGGUACAAACAGAGAUCCGGUAUUUGAGAAUCAGGAGGUGUUUCAUAACUACAAAUAUCUUCAACCUACCAUAACCCAUCAAUCUAAAGCAAUUCAAGCCAUAUUAGACACUCUACGAGUUAAAAAAUAUUCUAUCAUAUAUGAAAUGCACACAGGAUACGAAAAGCUAGCAUUUGAUAUUAUUUCACUGGACACAAAGCGGACUGGCAAUGUCUUCGAGACUCCGAUCUCGUCCAAGGAAAAUUGUAAUGAUGAUGACGACGACACUACAUUUGUGGUACAAAUCACUGAAGUAUUAACCAAGAUCAAAACCCAAGAAAUCAAAGUGCUCGUUUUGGCCUGUGGGGAACAGUUGGUCAAGACUGCUUUUGAGACUGCAAUAAAGCUGGGGAUGGUCUCCGAAGAUUUUCUUUGGAUUGGAACGGAAGCAGUCGUUCAAGCCUUAAACGUUACAUAUGAUCGGCAACAGAGAAUACCGAUUGGUAUUUUAAACUUUGUUGGAGUUAAACUUAACAUGUCGGAAGAAACAAUAGCAUUGAAAGCACUACAUAUUCUUGCUUCUUCGAUACAAGUUGACUCCAAUGAUUCAACGCCGGUUUUUUCACCCCCAAAUGGAUCAUGUUAUGGUGUGCAUCGGUGGACCUCUCUAAAAAAGUUGACAAGUCGUUGUGGACAAACAAGCCAAAGUUUUACGUUAAAUCAACAAGUUUUCAGCGAUACUUACGACAUUUUGAAGCUAGAAACUAAUUCUGUGUUAAGGCAUUCCUGGAGGAAAAUUGCAACAUAUCAAACUACAGGAAGCUUUCAGUUUGAAGAAAACUUUCUUCCGAAAUUUAAUCACAAACCUGGCGUUGUAUCUAAGAGUCUUCGAAUUGUUGGUAUCGAACACGGUCAGUAUCUUUAUAAGGUUGGCGACGUGAUAGGCUGCACCGAACAUGGAGAGCACUGCACGAGAGAAAAAUUACGGCACAAUUCACUUCAGCCAAAUUGCGAAAUAGGAGUUCCCUGCUACGAAUACUCCAACAUCUCGAGCAACAGUUCAAAUCCGCUGCGCGUCUUCUGCGUAUCUGGUCUAAUGAUAGACUUACUGGACUUGAUACAGAGCAAGCUAAGCUUCUCCUAUGAAUUGUACCUCGUGCCUGAUGGAAAGUACGGGGCUAUAGAUGAUGCUACAGGGCUGUGGAAUGGUAUGAUUGGAGAAGUGUUGUACGGUAAAGCAGACAUGGCAUUAGGUACUAUCACGAUCAACGCACAACGCAGCAAAGUAGUAGAUUUUACUACUCCUUACGGCGAAGUUGGAAUUGGGAUGGUUAUUGCCAACGGUGUUUCUGCAAAACCUUUGAUAACGAUGGAGUUUCUCGCACCGUUUGGAACAAGUUUAUGGUUUGCAAUCUUGUUAUCCAUUCUAACAAUUUUUCUCGCCUUGUGGUUCUUGGACCGAAAAACAAGUGGUUUUUACAUCAAUAACAGUAGUUGUUUCUCGAAAAGAGCAAUCACAGAAAGCUUAAAUGAUAAAGAAAGUAUAACGUUGUUAGAGAGUAUGUCCUACACGUGGAGCACACUUGUACACGUGUCAGCGGGAAGUGGUUUUCCAAGAAGCUUGAGUGCGCGUUUAGUGGCCAUCUUCUUUGCGUUUGCCAUGAUAAUCCUGAGCAGCACAUAUACAGCAAAUCUGGCCGCUAAUAAGGUAAAAGAUGACGCUGAACCGCCAGUAACAGGAAUAUACGACGAAAAGAUGAUUAACCCUCCUUCGGGUUUCCACUUUGGAACGCUGAAGUCGAGCAGCACUGAAGCCUACUUCAAGUUUAAUCGAGAUCCGCGCAUGCGUAAAAUCUACGAUAACAUGAAGGAUUAUAACGUGGAAAAUGUACAGGAUGGGGUGGAAAAAGUUAAAUCUGGGGAAUUUUCAGUUUACAUCGACGACCACCCGUAUCUGGAGCAUAUGGUCUCUUCACAACACGACUGCUCUCUGAGAAUUGUGGGAGAGUCUUUUGGGAUCUCUGGAUAUGGACUGGUACUAGCAAAAGUUUCCACUUGGACCCAGGCAUUCUCAAGCAGGAUACUUCAACUGAGCGACGAAAAUGCGUUGUCUGUUCUCUGGAAUAAGUGGUUAGUGCGAAAGUGUUUGAAAAAGGAAGACUUUGAGAGAGCACCACACAGAUUAUCUAUGUAUGAUUAUAACGGCGUUUUCGUCCUUGUUGCUGCUGGUAUAUUCGUAUCAGUUUUAUUUGUGGGCAUAGAGCGUAAGAUCGCUUCCUAUCAAGCAAGAAGGAAAAUAAUCGCAGAAGAAUCAGAAAGAAGUGAAGACCACACCUUUUCUUCCACAACUCCGAGAGAGAACAGUGAUAUGCAAAGCAGUGUUAUGGAUGGGUCAUCGCCACCCAGUUUUACUCCUUCGACAACAUAUUCAAACUCUGAAUUACAGCUUGAAAGAUGCGAUGACCACCAACAGCAAGAAAUAAAUAGGUUUAAGUUUAAUUCAGUUUGUUAGCCGAUAGAACUCUAGGCGGAUGAAAAUAUAGAA